CGUGAGAAACGAAUCUCAAUGAAUCUAGUGCCGGAAGCCGCAGGGAGGAUAGCCGACGAUAUUUUGCUGCGUACAUGUUGCCCACCGCUUGACUGUGUGUUUGGCUCAAGACUGCGCGUAUUUUUGGGGCCAACGUGUCGACAUCACGUUCCCCGGUGAGCUGUGGUGGAAAGGAGACGAGCCAUGGCCAGCUUUGCGCCCUGCCCACAGGUUUCAAACACGCUGACAAUUCAGUUUCACCCAGAUAAGUGCCCAACAACCUUUGCAGAGGCUGCGGAGCUCUUUAAGGACUAUGAUGUGGCCCGGUUGGACGUGUCCUUCGCACCCUGUACGAAACUGGUUCUUGUGACCUUUUACGAUGUGCGGGUGGCCCAGCAGGUCCUGAAGCACGUAAAACCCUUUGGUUGGCCUGCCCGGGAAGGGAUGAAUGACUUCCGCACGGUGAGGUUGUCGAUCUCCAAGUUUGCAAGUCUUCCGCAGCACGAGAGAGGCUUUGAGAGGUUUGGUGAGAUUGCAGGCCUUUCCAGCUGCGGUCGAGACAUCCUUAUAGAAUUCUAUGAUAUGCGUGCUGCCCUUCAGUGCAGCAUGUCUAUCCGAUAAUCCCUGACCGAUGUGCCCCCAGUCGACCGGUGAUACGAGCGGCGAAGGCAAAGGAUGGUGGGUCAAUUGCGUGCAGAGCGCCCCCUGUGGCUUCCCCAUCGCUUCCCAUGCGGACGGUGCAGAGCCCUCCGGGUUUGACUAGGUCCGAUGCUGCCAACACAGACCGUGGAAGACCCUUUCUCUUGGACGCGGACCGGAGGGGGUGCUAGCUAGCCUGAAACAGAGUUUGCAAACAUUGCUCGUGUUGCCCGUGGAGGUGCAAAACACGAAGGUGCGUUUGCAGACCUUUGAUUUCUUUUGCAUGUGCAUGUGCCCUUUUCGAUCACACACUGCAGAACAGUGUAACUGUAGGAAACUUGAUGGCCUUGAGACGGACGAUGCUACACUGACGAAGUCAG